AUGGCGAAGAAGAGCAAGAAGGACCAAAAGAACUACUGGGACGAGGAUUUCGAAGAGGACGCUCCCCAGGGCGAAGAAAUCGGCGCCACACCAACCCCAGAACCGGAAAGUAGUAUGGAAGUAGAAGACACUUCCAAAGAGGCUACUGAAGCCACUGAAGAGGACUUCAUGUCUGCUUUGAAGCAGUCCAAGAAGAAGCAAGAAAAGAAGGUCACCGAAGACAAGAAAGACGGUAAGCCUGUGCUGAAAUCCAAGAAGGAAAAGGAGAAGGAAAAGAAGGAAAUGGAGAAGCAGAAGAAGAAAGAGCAAGCUGCCAAGAAGAAGGCCCAACAGCAGGCCCAGAAGGAAAAGAAUAAGGAGUUGAACAAGCAAAAUGUCGAAAAGGCUGCUGCUGAAAAGGCCCAAAAGUCUCAGAAUGGCGACAAUGACAAGCCAAGCACUAGCACCAAGAAGCCCGCCAAGAAAGUGCCUGCUGGUUUGGCUGCUUUGAGACGUCAAUUGGAGUUAAAGAAACAGAUUGAAGAACAGGAAAAGUUCGAAAGAGAGGAAGAAGAAAGAUUGGAAAAAGAAGAAGAAGAAAGGUUGGCCAACGAAGAAAAAUUGCUUGAAGAAUCCAGAUCUGCCAAGAAGGAGAAGGAGAGGGCCAAGCGUGAGAAAUUAAAGGCUGAAGGUAAGCUGUUGACCAGAAAGCAAAAGGAGGAAAAGAAAUUGUUGGAAAGAAGACGUGCUGCACUUUUGUCUUCUAGUAACGUUAAAGUUGCUGGUUUGUCUAAGAAGGAAGGCGAAGAAAGUAAACCAAAGAAGGUCGUCUACAACAAGAAGAAGAAGAGAACAACCCAAGAAGCAACCUCAGAAGCCGUCAAGUCUGAUUCCAAGAAGGAUGCCGAAGUCAUACCCGAUGACAUCAAAGAAUCUGAGGAUGUCUUGAUUGACGAUUGGGAGAAUCUGGAUUUCGGUGAAGACGAUGAAGAGGAAACCAACGAGGAAACGUCUACCGCCCAAGAAUCUACUACAAAUCCAGAAGAUCAUGAAGAUGAAGAUGAAAACCACGAAGGUAAUGAAGAAGAAGAAGAAUCUAGUCAAGUGGAGGAAAUUGUCAGAAGCACUCCUGCCAGUACACCAACCCCAUCCAGUUCUUCCCCAAACAAGAAAGAUCUACGUUCUCCAAUUUGUUGUAUCUUGGGUCAUGUUGAUACCGGUAAGACUAAAUUGUUAGAUAAGGUUAGACAAACCAACGUUCAAGGUGGUGAAGCUGGUGGUAUUACCCAACAAAUUGGUGCCACCUAUUUCCCAAUCGAUGCCAUCAAGUCCAAGACAAAGGUCAUGACUCAGUACGAAAAGCAAACUUUCGAUGUUCCAGGUCUUUUGGUCAUUGAUACCCCAGGUCACGAAUCUUUCUCCAAUUUACGUUCGAGAGGUUCCUCAUUGUGUAACAUUGCCAUUUUGGUUAUUGAUAUUAUGCAUGGUUUGGAACAACAAACCAUCGAGUCUAUCAAACUAUUAAGAGAUAGAAAGGCUCCAUUUAUUGUUGCCUUGAAUAAGAUCGAUAGAUUAUACGACUGGAAACCUAUUCCAAACGAAUCAUUCAGAGCCUCCUUUGCAAAGCAAGCGAGAGCCGUUCAAGAAGAGUUCCAAUCUAGAUAUUCCAAAAUCCAAUUAGAACUAUCCGAGCAAGGUUUAAAUUCAGAAUUGUAUUUCCAAAACAAAAACAUGGCUAAAUACGUCUCUAUUGUUCCAACAUCUGCCGUCACCGGUGAAGGUGUUCCAGAUUUAUUGUGGUUACUAUUGGAAUUAACCCAAAAGAGAAUGUCUAAGCAAUUGAUGUACUUGUCUCAUGUGGAAGCCACUGUUUUGGAAGUUAAAGUUGUGGAAGGUUUCGGUACCACCAUUGAUGUCAUCUUGUCUAAUGGUUACUUAAGAGAAGGUGAUCGUAUCGUAUUAUGUGGUAUGAAUGGCCCAAUUGUAACGAAUAUCAGAGCCCUACUAACACCGCAACCAUUGCGUGAAUUACGUUUGAAGUCCGAAUAUGUUCAUCACAAGGAAGUCAAAGCUGCUUUAGGUGUUAAGAUUGCUGCUAACGAUCUAGAGAAAGCCGUUUCCGGUUCUAGAUUAUUGGUUGUCGGUCCAGAAGAUGACGAAGAUGAACUAAUGGACGAUGUUAUGGAUGAUUUAACCGGGUUGCUGGAUUCCGUCGACACUGCCGGUAGAGGUGUUGUUGUGCAAGCUUCCACCUUGGGUUCUUUGGAAGCCUUAUUGGAUUUCUUGAAGGAUAUGAAGAUCCCUGUGAUGUCUAUCGGGUUAGGUCCAGUCUACAAGCGUGAUGUUAUGAAGGCUUCUACAAUGUUAGAAAAGGCACCAGAAUAUGCCGUAAUGUUGUGUUUCGAUGUCAAAGUGGAUAAGGAAGCUGAACAAUAUGCCGAACAAGAAGGUAUUAGAAUCUUUAAUGCCGACAUUAUCUAUCACUUAUUCGAUUCAUUUACUGCAUACCAAGAGAAACUAUUGGAAGAACGUCGUAAAGAUUUCUUAGAUUAUGCUAUUUUCCCAUGUGUCUUACAAACUUUACAAAUCAUCAACAAGCGUGGUCCAAUGAUCGUGGGUGUAGAUGUUUUGGAAGGUACUCUACGUGUGGGGACUCCAAUAUGUACUGUUAAAAUUGAUCCAAUCACCAAGGAAAAGCAAACUUUACUGUUGGGUAGAGUCAUUUCUUUGGAAAUCAACCAUCAACCUGUUCCAGAAGUCAAGAAGGGCCAAACUGCCGCCGGUGUUGCUGUCCGUCUGGAAGAUCCUUCUGGCCAACAACCUAUCUGGGGUCGUCAUGUUGACGAAUCUGAUACAUUAUAUUCCAUGAUUUCAAGAAGAUCUCUGGAUACUUUGAAGGACAAAGCAUUCAGAGACCAAGUUGCUAGAUCUGAUUGGCUACUGUUGAAGAAGUUGAAGGUCGUUUUUGGUAUCGAAUGA